UCUGCCCCAGUCCCUCGGCCACCGUCCCUCCGCACCCCCACAGCCACCUAGCGCGCGAGGGCACUGUCCCCCAGCACCCGCCCCAGCACCACUUUGCUCUGACGUCCGCCUUCCCAGCUCUGACGAUCGCCCCCGCCGGUCGCCCUUAUAAAGGGGACUUUUGCCAAUACUGGGAUCGAUCACCACCUCGACCGCGUCGAGCGCCCUCCGCUCCAGCUCACACACCUGUCAACUCUGCGCGCGCCCAGGUUCUGGGAGACCAGGGGCUGGAACCCCGCUGCUUGGCCCUACUCCUCGCCCCUCCGCACCCCUGACCCUCCCCCUCUCUCCACACCCUUGGAGCCCCCAACCCGGCGGUGCCUGGGCGGCGGCCCCGGGACGAGCCCCAGACGGCGGAGCGCUUCCCGGCGCGGCAGCCACUCCAGAAAUCUUAAUGAAGUAGCUAGCUGUGGAAGAAUCUGGACCCCUAACUAAAAAUGACUUUCCAUGUGGAAGGACUGAUAGCUAUCAUCGUGUUCUACCUUCUAAUAUUGCUGGUUGGAAUAUGGGCAGCCUGGAGAACCAAAAACAGUGGCAGCUCAGAAGAGCGCAGCGAGGCCAUCAUAGUUGGUGGCCGAGACAUUGGUCUGCUGGUGGGUGGAUUUACCAUGACAGCCACCUGGGUUGGAGGAGGUUACAUCAACGGGACAGCUGAAGCAGUGUAUGUACCAGAUUAUGGUCUAGCUUGGGCUCAGGCACCAAUUGGAUAUUCUCUUAGUCUGAUUUUAGGUGGUUUGUUCUUUGCAAAGCCUAUGCGUUCCAAGGGAUAUGUGACCAUGUUAGACCCGUUUCAGCAGAUCUAUGGAAAACGCAUGGGUGGGCUCCUAUUUAUUCCUGCGCUAAUGGGAGAAAUGUUUUGGGCUGCUGCCAUUUUCUCUGCCUUAGGAGCCACCAUCAGCGUGAUCAUUAACGUCAACGUGCAAGCUUCUGUCAUUGUCUCCGCACUGAUCGCCACUCUGUACACACUGGUGGGUGGUCUCUACUCCGUGGCCUACACUGAUGUUGUUCAGCUUUUCUGCAUCUUCAUAGGCCUGUGGAUCAGCGUCCCUUUUGCCCUGUCACAUUCUGCAGUUACUGACAUUGGGUACACUGCUCUGCAUACCAAGUAUCAAAAGCCUUGGCUGGGGACCAUUGAAUCAUUUGAAGUCUACACUUGGCUUGAUAGUUUUCUGCUGUUGAUGCUGGGUGGAAUCCCAUGGCAAGCCUACUUCCAGAGGGUCCUCUCUUCAUCCUCAGCCACUUAUGCUCAGGUGCUGUCUUUCCUGGCAGCUUUUGGAUGCCUGGUGAUGGCUCUACCAGCCAUACUCAUUGGGGCCAUUGGAGCAUCAACAGACUGGAACCAGACUUCAUAUGGGCCUCUAGAUCCCAAAGACAACGAUGAAGCGGACAUGAUUUUACCAAUUGUUCUGAAGUACCUCUGCCCUGUGUACAUUUCUUUCUUUGGUCUUGGUGCAGUUUCUGCUGCUGUUAUGUCCUCAGCAGAUUCUUCCAUCUUGUCAGCAAGUUCCAUGUUUGCCCGGAACAUCUACCAGCUUUCGUUCAGACAAAAUGCAUCAGACAAAGAAAUCAUCUGGGUCAUGAGAAUCACGGUGUUUGUGUUUGGAGCGUCCGCCACAGCCAUGGCCUUACUCACGAAGACCGUGUACGGGCUCUGGUACCUCAGCUCAGACCUCGUUUACAUCAUCAUCUUCCCCCAGCUGCUCUGUGUGCUCUUCGUCAAGGGAACCAACACGUACGGGGCUGUGGCGGGUUACGUGUCUGGCCUUUUCCUGAGAAUCACUGGCGGGGAGCCAUAUCUGUACCUUCAGCCCUUGAUCUUUUACCCUGGUUACUACUCUGAUAAGAACGGCAUAUAUAAUCAGAGAUUCCCAUUUAAAACCCUCGCCAUGAUUACCUCGUUCUUAUCCAACAUUUGCAUCUCCUAUCUAGCCAAAUACCUAUUUGAAAGUGGAAGCUUGCCUCCCAAAUUAGAUGUGUUUGAUGCUGUUGUUGCAAGGCACAGUGAAGAAAACAUGGAUAAGACGAUUCUGGUCAAAAAUGAAAAUAUUAAAUUGGAUGAACUUGCCCCUGUGAAGCCCCGACAAAGCCUAACUCUCAGCUCCACGUUUACCAAUAAGGAGGCCUUCGUCGACAUCGACUCCAGCCCAGAAGGGUCUGGGACUGAAGAUAACGCUUAA